AAUGAAAUUGACUUUAAUUUCCAAAAGAAAUUUAGAAUGUACAAUUGAAUAUAUGAUCAGUGAACAACUAGAAAAGGAAGCAGCAAUCACAAGUCAACAAAGCUUCAAAAAUAAAUCAUUCCAGAAUAUCUUUAUGUUUUGGGAAUACAAGAUUACUAAACUGAUCAAGGAAGUGCUGAAGAUAUUUUCCUAGAUAUUAGCAAAAUACUUAAUUUAUUAUAAUAUUUUUAUGGAAAAGAUGAGGAUAUAUGGGCCAUAUUUAAUAUGUAUACAUAAUUUAAUAUGUAUAAAUAAUAUAUACAUAAUAAAUAAUAAUAGUUUCAUAACUGAAUGAACAGUCAUUAACAAUUCUAAACUACUUUGAGACUUUCAGUGGAGUGCCCUACGAAUCUGUAUUUGGCAAUAUAAUGUUUACCAUUUUUACCAAUAAUGUGGACAAAAGGAUAGAUAGCAUACAUAUCAGAUUUGCAUACAAUACAAAGGUAGAGGGAGAGCAGGUGCCAUACUUGAAGAAUCAGGAUAUAUAAGAAAAAAAAUCUGACAGGCUAGAAAAUUUGACAAUUAAAAUUGAAAGAGAAUAAAUAUGGUCUUACAUUUUGUUCAAAGAAAUCAACUUCACAAUUAAAAGGUGGGAGGCAUAGCUAGAUAAAUAAUUCAUCUGAAAAAGAUUAAGGGGAUUUUUGAGAACUCCAAGCUUACUAUAACAGCAGUAUGAAACAGCAGUCAAAACAAAUAAACAAUCUUAGACUGCAUUGUGGCUUAGGUUAUGACAAUCCUGCUGUAUUCUGUCCUAGGCAGAACAUCUGGAAUACUAUGUUCAGUCCUAGGCGUUACAUUUUAAGAAAGUAAGUUGGAAAGUAUUCAAGACAAUUAGAAGGGGGAAAAAUCAAGUACAUGUCAUACAAGACUGUUGAAAUGCAAAUGUUUAUUCUGAAAGGCUUGUAGCAAAUGACAGCUGUUUUCCAAGAACAUGAUGGCUAUCAUACUGAAGAAGAAAUGGGCUUUAGAUAUAAAGACAUCUAGAAAUGAUGGGCAUGACUCUCUUCAAUAAUGAGAUGAUUUAAACCAGUGCCAGUUGUUCAGUAAUGGAGAGCCAUCUACACCCAGAGAGAUGACUUUGGAAACUGAGUGUGGACCACAACAUAGCAUUCUCAUUCUCUCUGUUGUUGUUUGUUUGCAUUUUGUUUUCUUUCUCAGUUUUUUUCUUCUUUCUUGAUCUGAUUUUUCUUGUUCAACAAGAUAACUGUAUAAAUAUGUGUACAUAUAUUGGAUUCAACAUAUCUAACAUGUAUUGAACUACCUGCCAGCUAGGGGGAGGGGGUGGGAGGAAGGAAGGGAAAAUUUGGGAACAGAAAGUUUUGCAAGGGUCAAUUUUGAAAAAAUUACCUAUGCUUAUGUUUUUUAAAUAAAAACCUUUCAUUAAAAAAAAAAAAAAAGGAAAUUUGACCUCAAAAAAAAAAAAAAAAAAAACUUAACAGCUGCCUAUCUCAGUUUCCUCAUUUGUAAAAUAGAGAUGAUAAUAGCAGCAUGUACCACCCAAGAUUGUUGUAAGGAUCAAAUAAGAAUAUUUGCAAAAAGCACCUAGCAUAUAGGAAAUGCUAUAUAAUGCUAGCUGUUAUUUUUCUUACUCCGUGCUACGGACCACGUUAAACGCUGAAAAAAAAAAAAUUAGGCAAAAAAGAAUGACAGGUCCUGCCCUCAAGGAGCUUACAUUCUCAAGCGAGGGAAAAAAAAAAAAAAAACAAUUUUUUUUUCAUCCAAAUUCAAAGACCUCCCCAGCUGAGGAUUAAGAACCAUCUUUGAAACCUAGGCUUCGUUGCUCUGGUAACAAGUCCAUUCCAGCCCGGGGCUGGACGACAUGCAAACGAUGCGCAUGCGCCGGGUGGAAAUUUCGGCGGUCCUGUAAACCAGGCUUAAAUCGGCCUCCGGGAGAGUUAUGGCUGCGGCAGCGGAGAUGGCGCUUUGUAGUUUCGUGCGCCCGCUGGAAAAGCGGGACGGGACGGUGCUGCGGCUCCAGCAAUACGGCUCAGGCGGCGUAGGCUGUGUGGUGUGGGACGCUGCCAUUGUCCUGGCUAAGUACCUCGAGACUCAGCAUUUCUCGGGCGCCAUUGCUGGGACUCAUUCGCUGCGCGAGAGAUCCGUGCUGGAACUGGGAGCUGGCACCGGCGCCGUGGGGCUCAUGGCAGCCAGCCUCGGGGCAGAUGUUAUAGUCACAGAUCUGGAGGAACUACAGGACUUGCUUAAAUUGAAUAUUAAAAUGAAUGAGCAUCUCAUCACUGGUUCUGUACAAGCCAAGGUAUUGAAAUGGGGUGAAGAAAGAAAAGACUGUUUCUCUCCACCUGAUUACAUAUUGAUGGCUGACUGUAUAUACUAUGAAGAGUCUUUGGAACCCUUAUUAAAAACUUUAAAGGAUCUCAGUGGACCUAAGACCUGCAUCAUAUGUUGUUAUGAACAACGGACUAUGGGGAAAAAUCCAGAAAUAGAGAGAAAGUAUUUUGAGCUCCUCCAGUUGGAUUUUGAUUUGGAAAAGAUUCCUUUGGAAAAGCAUGAUGAAGAAUAUCGAAGUGAAGAUAUUCAUAUUUUAUACAUCAGAAAGAAAAAAUGAAAUUACAGCUUUGAAACCUUUCAUCAUUUUUGUUCAAGUUUUCAACAAACUUGUAAGAUCUAAUAAGUACUUAUAAGAAUAGCAUGAAAAUAUUUUCAUCAUACAUUUUCAUGGCUUAUCAGAGACAUUGAAUUUGAAUGGUUGAAAUAGAAAUAUGGAUGCUAUUUUUAAUUCAUAAAAGAAUUCUACUAAAAAUCAAUCAAUGUGACCUGCCAGCAUUCUAAAGAUAUUUGAUUUCCUGCAUCUUGAGUGAGACUGAAAUGUAACUACAAUUGUUGUUUGACCCAACAUGAAAUUCUGUUUUAAAGACCAUUUUGUAGUGAAUCAUGUGUUGGAAAAAAUUAUAUGCUAAAAGAAUAACUUGACGUGCUUUCAAGAAACUGAAUAAUAAUGAUUUUACUUCUUGAAGGGAUAGUUUUUGAGGCUUGCAUGUGUACUUCAAGUUGUAUGCAAUCUAGGUAAAUAUAAAAGAAGAGCUCAUGGAUUUACAUUUUGUCCCUAAUAAAGUCAACAGUCUUUGCUUUACAUAUAUUCUCUUUUUAAUUAGAUUUUAAGGUAGGUUUAAUACUUUAAAAUGUCUCUUGGUUCAAAGACAAACUAAGCAGGUUCACAUUUAUUUUAAAAUUUUGUUGUUAUUAUGUUUGAAAAAUAUAUUAUAAAAUUUAAAAAAUAUGAAUUAUAUAAAGAAGUACAGAAAAAGAGGAUUGUUUAUAACAGUGUAAAACUUGAUUACAUUUAGAGAUAUUUUAAAAUAUAAAAUAUGGUAGUUCCAUCAUUACCAUGCAUGUCUUUGUCCAUUUCUGAAUUUUUUCCUCUGUUGUAAGUAUUUUUUCAAUGUUUCAUUAAUGAGCUUUUUAGUUUUUUUCUUUGAUAUCACUACCUUUUCAUUAUUUACUUUUCUUAAAAUGAUUUAAUAAAUUCAUUAUUUCAUUGA